AUGAUUUUAAAAUCUUUUAUACCAGGGAAUCUAAAUUCCUUAUGCAUGAAGAUAAUCAAUUCGGUCGUUAUGGUCGGACUCUAUUAUGGAUUUCUAACUACAUUAUCCAUAGGCCCCUCUUAUAUCUUCCUUCUACGAGCUCGAGUUAUGGAAGAAGGAACCCAUAACAAGGUAUCAGCAACAACUGGUUUUAUUGCAGGACAGUUCAUGAUGUUCAUAUCAAUCUACUAUGUACCUCUGCAUUUAGCAUUGGAUAGACCUCAUACAAUAACUGCCCUAGCUCUACCGUAUCUUUUGUUUCAUUUCUUAUGGAACAAUCACAAAGACUUUUUUGAUUAUGGACGGACUACCAGAAAUUCAAUGCGUAAUCUUAGUAUUCAAUGUGUAUUCCUGAAUAAUUUCAUUAUUCAAUUAUUCAACCAUUUCAUUUUACCAAGUUCAAUAUUAGCCAGAUUAGUCAACAUUUAUAUGUUUCGAUGCAACAACAAUAUGUUAUUUGUAACAAGUAGUUUUGUUGGUUGGUUAAUUGGGCAUAUUUUAUUCAUGAAAUGGGUUGGAUUGGUAUUAGCCGGGAUACAACAAAAUAAUUUCUUUAGGUCUAAUAAUCUAAUAAAUUAA